ACUGUAUUGGUGUCACUGGGGAUGUCAGUGACACCAAGUCAGUUCCCCCCCAGUACCAAAAAGAAGCACUGACACUGUACUAAUGGCACUGGGCAGGAAGGGGUUAACAUGAGGGGCGAUCAAAGGGUUAACUGUGUGCAGGCCGUGUUUUACAAGGGGAGCGGUGUCUGUGUUCUUCACUGUAAUCACACUGCUUUGGAUGGCUGUGCUGUGCACAGCCAUCCAAAGCAGUGCGUCGGAGCUGACAGGGAGGAAAGCUGUUAGUAAAUAAAACAGUUCUCCCUGUCGGAGUUCCUCGGAAAUCACUGGGCACUGGCAAGUAAUCA